GUAAUACCAAUGUAUAUAACAUGAUAUCCAUUAAGUAAUACAAUUUCUAUGCAUACAUUUUUCAUGUGUCAACUGUGUAUAACCCCCCCCCCCCCACACACACACACACUCAUAGAUACUUGACAAACACAAAUGUGACACACCCUUGCUCACACCCUUGUGUGUGUGUGUGUGUGUGUGCGUGCCCGUGCCCUAAUGGUGCGUAGUCAUGUUAGACAUUGACCCCAGUGUUUUCCGUACACAGCACAUACAUUUGACAUUCUCUCCUUUCGCCCACCCUCUACACACACUCCGUGUCAUUUAAGUUUCUUCUCACUGUAAGAUUUCGAUUUAGGUCAUUUUCUCUCCACCUUGCCAGUUUGUAGCACAGUUCUUCUGCUCCAUGAUCACAUCUCAUCAGGCUACGAGACUCUUCUUAUCUGCGGCAGUGUUUUGCUUUUCGCCAUACGACAGGACGGAGGAAACGUACAAGCGAGCUAUACAGUAUUUCCGAUCUUGGGUUGUUAGAACUUAAUUAGCCAUGAAUCCAGCUGGUGCCUUGGAUCCGCAGGGUAUGGUGAUGAGACCGGUCGGGUGUCCACCCGGGCUGGAGUACUUAGCCCAGAUUGACCAGCUCCUCAUUCAUCAGAAGGUGGAGCUGGCUGAAGUCAUUUUAGGAUGGGAGAGCAGGAACAAGUACCUGGUGAAGAACACGAUCGGGCAGCAGGUCUUCUACGUGGCCGAGGACACCAACUGCUGUAACCGGUUGUGCUGCGGGUCAAUUCGCCCGUUCGACCUCCACGUCCAGGACAACAUGGGCCAGGAGGUGAUCAAGUUCGUGCGACCUCUUCGCUGUGACAGCUGUUUGUGCCCCUGCUUUCUGCAAGAGUUGGAGGUGCAGUCUCCGCCGGGCACUCCUAUUGGCUACGUGGUUCAGACGUGGCACCCCUGCCUGCCCAAGUACACUAUUCAAAAUGAGAACAAGCAGGACGUCCUGAGGAUCGUGGGCCCCUGCUGCUCCUGGAAAUGUUGUACUGAUGUGAACUUUGAGGUUUUGUCCUUGGAUGAAGGCGACUCCGUGGGCCGGAUCAGCAAGCAGUGGACUGGCAUCAUCCAAGAGGCUUUCAGCGACGCUGACAAUUUCGGGAUCAAGUUCCCUAUGGACCUGGAUGUCAAGAUGAAGGCUGUGCUUCUCGGAGCAUGUUUUCUCAUCGACUUUAUGUUCUAUGAGCAUAAAGACUAAAAAGAGAUUGAGUUCCUUCCUGUUUUGGUCCACAUUUCGUCCACAUAUGUCCAUGCUUCAUUUCUUCUUUUUUUAUUCCAGAAAUACUGUGAAUAGAUGUGUACACCAUACAGUAUUAUUUGUUUAUACUGUGGUGUUAAUUUUGACUUUUCUAGAUGUUCUUCUGUGGUCAAUAAAGUAUCUAUCUAUCUAUC